AGCAGUGGAAAGUUCAGGGGUCAGAGUGAAGGAAUGCGCGUGUUGGUGCUGGGCUAGCGUAGCGGAAAUAGAAAUAUGCAGCAAAGUUUUUAACGCAACUGUUUUUAAUUUACCACCAUCACAAACAUGACCUCAAAUAAUACAGGCGCACCGAAAGACAAGCUGAUCAAUUUAAUAUAUCACCAUUUAAAGGACAACGGCUACAAGAAAGCAGCCAACGUGCUGAGAAAACACGCGCCUCAGGUGGAAACUAAGAAAGUGAACGUGUCUUUGAGUGAGAUCUUUCAGAAGUGGGCAAGCUCAGAUGAUGGAGAUAUUCCUCCGGUGCCUUCUGGUGUUCAGGCUCCUGCAAAGAAACCGAGACAAAGGGGCCCUUCAGCUGGAACCAAGUCUAGAAUCACAGCUCCCUCUGCUGAAAAACCUGUUGGCAUCAUUAAAACUUCAGGAUCAGCGAGCAAAUCAGCGAAACAGAAGGAAAAGGAAACUGGGACUAAACCGAGGGAAAGAAAAAAGUCCAGCUCUGAAGAUGUUGGGGUGCCUCCGUCAGUCGCUGCUGCUCCGGGGAAUGAUUCCGACUCUGACUCCAGUUUAGAUGUGGAGAAGUGGAGGAAAAUGCUUUCUCAAUUAUCAGAUGCUGACCAAGCGAAAAUGGAAGUUCUCUCAGUGUUAGAUGAAUCUUUAGUCUCUGGCAAGCCCACAGCAAAGAGAAAGAGGACAAGGAAGCCAACAACAUCAAAAAAAGAGGAAAACCAAGCCAAGGGAAAGUCCGCUACACCAACAAAGAAAGUGACCAAUGCAUCUAAGAGUCAUUCAAAAAAGCCGAAAGGCAAAGAUGCUGAAGUUAAGACACCAUCAAAGUGUGAUGAGACCUCAAAAAGUACUAAAGCUAAAACUACCAGCAGCUCAUUUGAUCAGGAUGAUAAACCAGAAGAACAUAAUGAAAGUAACGGACUGUUGGAAACUGGCACUCCAUCUAAAAGGACUAAAGAGACUGGUGUAUCAGAUUCAGAAGUCAUUAGGACUCCUAAAAGAGUUCAUUUUGAAACACAUAAUAGCUUUUCACAGCAGGUUGAGACUCCUAAUGCUUGGAAAGAUAAUGGUACCUCAGAAACCAGCAGCACUCAUACUCCAUCUAAAAAGGCCAAAAAAAAGAAAGGCCAUUCUGAAGCUAGUGAUGUUGAAACUGACAACUGUCCCUCGAGUAAUAUUCAAGAAGUUAUAGAAACCAACCUUACGACGGACCAGUCAAAGAAAGAGAAAAACAAGAAGUCUAAAAGUGUUGUGGAGCCUGUUCUCAAUGAGACGCCUUCUAAGAAGGUUAAAGCCAAGAAAACAGAAGGUCCUUCUGAGAUUGACCAAGAAACAACAUCUGAGAAAGCCCCAGAAUCCGUUAACCCAGAGUCUUCACCUAAACAAGCCAAACGUAAGGCCAAUGAAAGCCUUUCGGAAACAGUCGAGUCUGAAACGCCAUCUAAAAAAUCUAAAGCCGUGAAAGAGCCUGGUGAGGUGGAAACACCCGGUAAGAAGCCCAAAACAGUCACGUCGGAUGCCGAUCUCCUGCAGCCCGACUCUACAAACAGCACUUCGAAAAAAGGAAAAAGCAAAGUGGCUGCUGAUGGCGUGGAGAUCCAGCAUGACGUUCCUUCAGAAACGCCUGAGAAAACCAGUCAAUCUCAAGCACAGACUCAGGAUGAUGUUGGAGACGGUUUGGGAAAUGAGGAAACCUCCAGUCAAGAGUUAAAAACUCAUUCUAAAAAAAGAAAAAAACACAAAAAGGAAGAAGCUUGUGACGUCCCAGCCACUCCAGAGGUCAAGGAAGACAAAGUGAAGAACAAAGACAAGGAGGGAGAAAAUGGAGAAGAUGCUAUUCAACCUCCACCACCAGAAGAAGAAGCAUCUGAUGCAAUGAGACAUAAGAAAAAAAAGAAGAAGAAAGAGAAGGAGAGAGAAGAAAAAACAGAGGAGACAGUCCCUGAUGAUCCUCCUGAGGUGGCAGUGCACAAAAAGAAGAAGAAGUCUUCUAAAGAGAAACAGCUCAGUAGUGAUGAAGCUCAUGGACUCAAUAGCACAUAAUGUUCAGGACAUCAGUUCUCAAUCUCACAGAGGACGAAUGGCUGAAAUAAUGACUCGAUCUCAACGCGUGCUCCGUCCCUACUGUAUGGAUCAUGUGUGUUUAUAUGUAUGUAAGUCAGUGUUUGUAUGUUUCAUAUUUUUAUGGAGAAGUGGAUUUUGAGAAAUAUUUAGUAUUCUUUUUUUGUUGUUUUGUUUUUUUCUAUUUUUGAUAACUGGACUUUGAUGAAGAAGAAUUUUAUGCCGUUUGUAUUCUUUUAAACUUUUUUUAAAAGAACAAAUCAUGAGAGCCAAGAAGAAACAAAUCAUGCUGUUUUAUUUUCAUUUUGGUCAUCUGAGAAGUUUUCUUCAUCAUUUUUUAUUUUUUUUUUAGAUAAAUUGUAAAAGUAAGAAGCACAAUUGUUUAAGAUCAUCCUCUAAAUUCUAUAAAUGUGACAUCUGUGUUCAAAUGUGUGACCAUUAAGAAAAAAAUAGUAUUUGUCUUUUUUUGUGUGAUUCAAAAUACACAUCAGAUGUUUUUAUUUA